UGACUGGGAAGGUUUGAACUAGGGCUCGCUAUUAUACGUUUAAACGGAAACACGUUUAUACGUAUAAUUAGCUAUCCGUUUAUUAGAAACGUUUUUCCGAAUACACGUGUUCUUACUUAACAAACGUUUAAACGUUUAACCGUUUACUAGGCUCUAAUAUACGUGUAAACGUUUAAAUGUUUGUUAAACGUUUUUCUACAAAUAAACGUGUUUCUGGAAGAAAAUGUAAACGGAUAAACGUUUCACGCUUAAACGUUUAUUCGAAAAACGGAAUAAAAUCCGAGCCCUAGUUUGAACACAUCAGCCGUACGUUUAGUAACCUUCAACGCCUGUAGAGAGCGCCGCGUCGCGUGGCUCCCCCUCCCGUUCGAGUUCGCGUCUACGUCGCGCGCGGCGUCGAGGGCGAUCACGCUUUUGUUUGUCAGUGCUGUUCACUAGUGUUCACCGCUGGUGCGUUUCGAGCGUGCGUCGCGUUGCGUGGCCGUCGUGCGUGCUGGUAAACAAAGGCCCGCGUAUCCUCGGCGUGCGCCACGGUGUUUUAUGUACGGCGCGAACAUGCGCGAGCGCGACGAGUUCUCGAGGUGUUUCCUACCGGGCCAGCCGACCCAGGUCCCGUUGCCGCCGCCGCCACCGCCGCAGCCGCCGCCACGGGCCCCGGGCUUGGACGCCCUGCACAGCCUCUGCAAGCAGAUCUACCCGGACCAGAGCAAUCCGCUGACAGUCACGGCGGUGAUAAAAUACUGGUUAGGAGGACCCGACCCCCUCGACUACAUCAGCAUGUACGCCAAUUCGGGAUAUCCAGAGCUCGGAGUGCCUCCGCACUGGCACUACAUCAGUUUGGGAUUAUCCGAUUUACACGGCGACGGCAGAUUACACCCAAAACCUGGCCCAGGCCGUCCCAGCGGAUUCGGGUUCGAGCUGACCUUCCGUCUCGCUCGUGAAAGGGGCGAGACGACGCCGCCCACGUGGCCGGCAAACGUGAUGCAGCAAUUGGCCAAAUAUGUUUUCAAUUCCGGGAACACGCUGAUGCCGGGCGACCACGUCUCUUGGCACGCUCCGUUGGACGGUGGGAGCGGUUGUAUCACUCAGAUUUUAAUGGGACAGGACCCGCAGCUUCCGACGUCAAUCUCGACGCCCCACGGCGACGUCUCGUUCGUUCAAAUCGUCGGCGUUACUUCUGAGGAGCUGCAAGCUGCUCAACACUGGAACGGCCUGGGUGUGGUUAAUUUGCUGAGAAGCGCUAGGGGCUGCGGCCCCUGGUUGGUUACGGACAUGAGAAGAAUGCAUUCCGCUAUGGAGGACGAUCCCUCUAUAGCGGAGAAGAUACAGUGCGGCAUCGAAAGGGACGGGUCGAACACGAGUGGCGUGUCCGCCAAAUGUUGGUGGGUGCAAAUAACAAACGACAGGAGCGCUGAAAGAUACAGGGAGAAAAGGGACGAUUCUGACGAUGACGAGGACGUGAAGCCGAUCGUGAAAACGGAGAGAUUGUCACCGUGCGAGCAACAGGAUGCCAACGUCUCUGACGAAAAUAGUAUUAGAGUUCUGUCCGGAUUACACCUGACGUUUAACCUUGAGGCCGGCUCGUUAUUGCCGUUGGCGAUAAAGGGCCGUGUGAUGCACGGAAGGCAUUUCACGUUCAAAUCCAUAUUGUCCCAUUCAGCCGUUACGAUAGUAGCGCCGUCGGUUACGGGCACUUUCGUGUCCAAAGAGAAGCCAUAUGUUGUCCAAGGACCGUGGCUGCAGGUGCUCCUCUCGGAAGAGUUGUCCGAGAAGAUGGCCGAAGAGUUUCAAGUUUUGAACGCACCAGAGAAGAUCCAAUUGCCAAAGACGUUUUCUUGGCCGGAACACAAUUUAGCCAUCACCGUCAUCAAUGAUUAAAACUGUCCAACGAUGCAAUCCACGGAGAACAUUCUUCAUGCUGUUUCAUAUAUUUAAGUUAAAGAUAGGACAAUGAAAGUAUUAUCGAGCCUCGUUACAGAUCGAAUCCUUUUAUUUAUAACAACGACUUUUCCCAUGACUCUCUAGCGGUAAGAUUUUAUAAUUUAUAAAUGUUAUUCCAUGUGUGUAAGACAUUUGAAUAGUUUCAUCAAUGUGCGAAAGCAGAGAUUUGCCAGACAAGUUCCCAGAUUUUGAAAGAAAAGUAGUGUAUUUUUCUAUCUACGACCGUUCCGAUGUCUCUCUUUUACAAAUUGAUGCCUACUAUACAUGAAAAAUUUCUACAAUACUUUUUUAAAUUGACAAUAAUGUUAUCAGUGCAAAUUUGAUAUGUAAAAAUAUUGCAAAUUCUUUAUGUAUAUAGUACGACAUAAAUUAUAUGCUAUUUUACGACGAAAUUUGAUAUAAUACGCCUUAAAUUGUUAUAUAUAUAUAUAUAAUAAACGUUUAUGUAAAUACCCUAAA